AAUGGGCAGUUCUGGACCACAGCGGGACACAGCCUUGGAAGGAACAUGUGAGCAUCCUCUGGGAGACUGGGGACAGAAGGAGUCUCAGGGUCAGGCCAGAGGCCAAGCGCAUUUUCUAGGACUCAUAAGUCCCCAUGCCACCCCUUGAGGUGGCGCCCUGUCCCGCGAUGGCCGCGGUCGCCCCGCUGCCCUGCCCGCUGUCCCGGCGGGCCUUCCUCAAGGCCUCGCACUUUGCACUGGGGCCCGACCCGCGGCUGCACGCGGGCGCCAUGCAAUCCACGUCGCAUCGGGACUUCCCGGCCCACCCGGGCGUCACCGGCGCGCCGCGGUGCCAGCAGCCGCCGCGAGGGUCCCUCUUGCCCCGGGACGCGCGCUCGCGGGGCGCCGAGCUCCGGUCUGAGACGCACUGCGCGUUCGCGCCCCCGCCGCCGUGCACGCGCCCCGAGACGCGGGAGCGCACCCCCGCCCUGCAGGGCAGCGGCCUGCGCGUGCACGAGUCCGCGCGCGUCCGCACCGGCGCCUCCACCAUGCGCGCCGACUUCGGGUGGCCCGAGGCGCCGGCGCGCGCCCGCGAGCAGAUCCACGGCGCGCGUCUCAUCUUCGACCGCGACUCGGUGGCGCCCGGCGACCCGGCCAAGCUGCGCAUCCCGCCCACCACCCACCAGGACUUCUACGCGCUCCGCGCCCCGUGCCCGCAGCCCCGCGCGCCCUGCUGCCACCUCGGGGGCCUGAACCCCCUCAGGUGGGACCACAGGAGACAGGACAAUGGGACCUCCUACCAGAGACACUUCCAGGCUCUGCCGAGCCCACCUGCCUUGAUGUGUAAGAGGGCCUCUUCCAGCGUGGAACUGGGAGACUUCAAGAUUGGCUAUGGGCCCAUGUGUUCAGAGCAGAAACAAGCCUACAGGCCUCAGGGUCUGCCCCCAGACAGGUAUGACAAGGCUCAGGCCACAGCCCACAUCUACCAUGUGAAUAUUUGUCCUGGAGAUGGCCUGUUCCGUGACAGGACCACCAAGGCUGAACACUUCUAUGCCCGAGAGCCAGAGCAUUUUGUUCUUCACCAUGACCAGACUCCAGCAUCGCACAUCCUGGAAGGAAACCGGUGCCCUGGCCCGGGCAGCCUCACCACCUCCAUGCACUCCUUCCAUGGCCAGCUGCCGGUGACCAAGCCACCCAGCCGCCACGUGCCUCACGAUAAACUGAAGAGCCACGUGUGCCUCGGGGACUCCUCGCUGCUCGGGCAGUUCCUCCAGACCUCCAUGGGCUCGGACUAUUGCCCCCCCGAGAAGGCACAGAAGUCGCAGAAGGCGCCCAGUCUCCACUUGCUGCAGAGCAGCCUGCCCCAGGGCACCUACAGGGCCGUGCCUCUCCUCCCUCAGCCCCUCAGCUCGACUACCCCCACCCAAAUCUCCAGAAACAGAUUUUUUAACCACGAACCAGAAGAUGCUGAAGCCUCACAGAACAGCUCCGGCCUCCGUGACUGAGGACAUGCUACAGCGGUCAGCCAUGAAAGAGGAUGCUUGGUGGGAUGGGAGCUGUGCAGGAGAGAGUGAUUCCAUCAAACAACCCUGAACGGACACUCCUUGGACCCAGAAGAUCGCCCCACUCUGGGCGAGGAGGCCAUCCCAGCUUGUGCAAAGGCCUGGUGAUUGGACUCAAUGUGAGGUGUUCAGGUGCACCAACAAAUACGAAUGAUGUGGAGGGAGUGGAAUGUUGAACAGGGCAAUGUGGUGAAGGGCUGAGAACACAGGCUGAAUGGACAGAGUCCAAAUCUUAACUCCUCUGUCCUGGACAGUAGUCUCGGGCAAGUCACUUAACCCCCCUGAGCCUCAUCUGUAAGGUGGAAAUGAAUGUUAUAAAUGAGAAAUGUACA